UUGAGGGGCGCACUAUUAAGCAUAUACGCCAGCCGUGAUCCACAAAGGAAGCCAAAUAUGUCCGCUCGAAAUGACGAGGAUACAAAACAGAUGGCGAUGGCGGCUGAUAAACUAGAGCCGAACGAUAUUCCAGACAGGAGUCUUAUAACUGUCCCAAAAUGUCGAAACAACUUCACAUGGGAAGAGAUUCAACGGUUUAUUGACGAAGCAAUAACGAAUCUCAUCAAAUUGGAAGAACUGAAUGACCUAACCUCACUUUACCGAAUAAACAAGCAUCUGAGUCGAACCUUCACAAGCUACCCCUAUCUGAGAGAAAACAUCGCCGAAUACUUAAACGAAAGACGGUUUCCCUCACUCGCAGUCAAGCUGAUCAAACGAUUAAACAACUUGGGUGUGUUCAGCAAUGACGGAACAUGGUUCUCUUCUUUUUACUUGUACAGCAUUGCGUGGAGCUACUCUGAUAUUUCCAACGACUUUACGACAGCUUUGGCGGUAGCUGGAAUAUCACAUUUACUCAAUCUGAAUAUUGGGCACCCACCGUAUUUGGAAAACCUCAACAGCAAGAAUGUGUAUUUUCUAAUAAAGGCUAGCCUUUCCCUUUUGCACAACAUUGUUAAAAUUCCUGGGAACCGUGACAUGGCUCAGUACACCGUUGGCAGGGAUGCAUUGUUAAAUAUACUAACUUUUCAACGAGAGCCGUCUCUGCGCUGUCUCGCAUCACUUUGUUUGGCACACACUUUAGACGAAGUUGACGUGCCUAUGGCACUGAACCAAGCUCCAAAUCUGAUUCAUCAGCUUCUCAGUUAUAUGUAUUCAGCAAGCCACUCUGCCAGACGAAAAUACCACGGAUACACGGUUGCUGAAUUUAUGACAGCCGUAAGUGCUUUUGCUGUGAAUGAAAAUACGCACCGUACACUACUGGCAACGGAAAUGGAACGACCUCAACGAACAGGUAGACCACCUCUGCCAUCCAUGAAUUUCCUGAAGUUUCUCUUAAAAUUAACUGAUGUUUACAUGAGUGCACAGUUGAAUGAAGAAUCAGAAAGAGAAGCAAACGCGGCUAUUCGUGUGAUACACCAUCUAGUGUUCAGUCCAAAUUUGAAAGAAAAUGGAGCACUGAGCGAGCUUAUUAGCCGUAUGACUGAACUUUCACGGCUUUUUACAGUAGUGGGGAAUCCCAAUGAAGCGUUGUAUCGAACACUGGAAGUCUUUACAUGGCAACGAUCACAGCCCAUUGCAUCGAUGACAUUUGAGUCUUAUACACUCCCGAAGCCAACAGAAUGCGGCCCAAUAGUGAUGAGCUAUGCACCUAUAAAUGCACCUGCUGCUGGUUAUUUCAUAGAGCAACUUCGCGCUGCCAGUUUGCCUGUUUGGAAUCAUAACAGAACAAAUGUUAUCGAUAGUCAAAUCGCGCAAGAGAUGGGAAUGAGUGCAUUGGCUGCCUUUUCAGGCGAUCUCAAAGGCUGGCUGGAGUGCUUGGAUCAAGCUACCGUUAUGAUCGUUUGUUUGAGUGAUGCUUACCGGCUGAGUCCUGGAUGUCGAGUCGAACUACAGUAUUUUUUAUCGAUAAAUUCAGAGAAGUCACCCAAAGUUCUGAUCUACAUCUUAAUGCCACCGAAGUUUCAUCCAAAUGGAUGGACGGCGCGCCUACCAAACAUAUCCGAAGCACUGGAUUUCACACACAAGCGAACUUUUGUCACAACACUAAGACAUCUGGUUUCCCUUGCAGGAAGACCAUAUGCCAUUACUGUAGCAGACGAACCGCUUGACUCGCUUACUUACGACUCUAUGGAGGCAAACAAAGGAUUGAUGAGUAUGGAUGAUCUGAAUGGCCUAAAAUCUUCUUCCAUUUUCUUAACAUCCUCAGAUAGUGAACCAGCUAAGCAAAGUGCAAUAACACAAACCGCUGAACAAAUGAUAUCUAAAGGGAGUCCACGUCGGUCAGCUUCACCAGAAAUCGAGAUUCAACGGUCUUGUUCAUCUUCUCCAACGCCGCUUCUUUCAACAAGAUCUGAUAUACCAAGCCAUCAUUAUGGUGAUAUACAGGCAAUCUCUUCCGUUUUGAGUAGAGAUCAAGAUGAAGAAAUUCAAGCAGAACAUCCUAAUAGGCCUACCCCAGUACAGAUUCACUCACCUGUGGUCACACAGUUCAGUGCGCAGAACAUUGAGGCCACAGUGUUGGAUACAUCGAAAGUCGAAUUGUCAACACCAGCACAUGAUUUGAAAACAGGGGAGUACCAAGAGACACCGGAUGUUUCAGACCCCAUAGGCGAGCGAGAGCAUUACAAUGACAGCCAAGUAUCAAAUAUCAGUGAUCAGAAACCUUCAGUUAAAAUCCCGGAACACGACAAAAGUAUUGCUCAAAAGACAGAAAAUUCUGGUACAAAUGAACUAUACCGUAUUCAAGGCGAAGUACUGAGAACUGGGGCGCUUACUGCCUACUCACCAACACAAUCAUCUACAGGUUCACAGGAGGCAAUACUGAAAGAAAGUACCUCUGGACUAGAAGAUGAAAAUGCAGAGAAGAUACAAUCGGCGGCUAACGAAGGAACUUCAGCCGAUCCGAACGUAAGAACGCCAAAGGGCAACGAAAGUCCUAAAAACAAAUCGUGGGACGUCCACUCAAGUGUAAGCAUAUCACAACCAACCACUCAGCCAUCUGGUAAAAUUUUGACAGAUGAUGAGCUAAGAAUGGAUGUUGAAAGAAAACAGGAAGAGUUAAAGGAAACGAAAAUGCCAGAUGUAAAUGUUGGUGAAAAAGACCAUACAAGUCAUCUAGAGCACUCGUAUAUCUCACACCUGAGUGGCAUCCAAUCCCCACCGAUCAAUCAGUCAAUCAAGGCAAGCCAAACAGAUAAUGCAUUGAGAUCAGAUGUAACAGGCUGUCAGCCUAGCUCAAGAGAGGAAAAAACCAUAGACUUCAGAGAAGAGAAUGAUCAGCCAGAACACAAAGGCAUAGAACAAGAACAACUCGUAACCGGAACCAAGUCACAACUAACAUAUCGGUCAUCCGAACCAAGUUCAAAAGUCAGCGGAGUUGCAGGCGAACGGAAGGACUCACAUGCAAGCAAAGUUUCAGACGUAGGUGAAGACAAAAUUCGUCAAGUCUCGCCAUCACAAGCUUCUUCUUUGGAUGCAAUGAAAUCGUGGCCAUCCUAUCCACCAUCUAGAACGAAGAAAAUGGAAGAUGCCUUGGGGGUGCACGUUGAAAAUUCACAGGAAACAAAAUCAGUAAUGAAGUCAGAUGAUGUUCAGUUGAAGUGCUCGGUUGAAGCACCUGUCUCUAAAGUGGAUGAAGUCAAAUCUCAGCCAAAUAACCAGCAGCCCAGCGCAAGUUUGGCAGAAAAUAUUCUAAUGAGCACGAGAGAAAAACCCGAAGGAUUACAGGAGGAACAGGUUUCACACGCCAGUGCACUGAAAUUGCAACCGCCAUGGCCACAAUUUGACAAUGCUUUGGGCACAAAAACCGUUGAUUCACGUGACAACACACCACGGGGAAACAGGUCGCAGGUUGCUCAAGCUUGCAUCACGGAUACGAAUGUGAGUGAAAUAAAGUCCAAAAUAAUCUGCCAGUCGUCUGGAACCAGCAUAGCAGACAAUGCAUUGAGGCUGAAUGUCGCAGAAAACCAGAAAUCAUCAAAGGAUGACAAAAUUGUAAAUACUGAUUUCGAUGUACAAGACUUGCCCGAAGAGCCAAGCUCAAUUUCGCAACCUCAACUAUCUAAAACCAGCCAAUCGAUGGAUCCUAAUCUGCCGAAACAAACGAAACCGACGGGAUCAUCUAGAGCUGCCAUACAAUCGGAACUAAAUGAAACGAGUAAAGAAGCGCCUGAUGGAGCACUUGCACUGGAAACAGUGGCACUUACCAGUAUUUUAUCUAGACCGCUAAUCGAAGCAGGAUUAGCCGGUGAAGAUCAGAAGACUGAAAAACCGAAUGCAAUAUCACCGACAACGUUAGAAACAGGAAGUCACGUGGUUUUGUCUGCUAGAAGCUCAAAAACUCAAGGUUCGUUACCAUCAAAAAUGAGCGACUCAAAACCCAAAGUACCACCAGAUUCCAGUGUUCAAACACUUUCCAUAAUUGAGGAUAUCAAAACCACCGGGACGGGGGUUUCAAGCUUGGGCACACAAGUUCCGACGGAACAAUUAGGAUUACAUGCACUGACGGAUUUGUCGCCAAUGUCGGUGUUCGGACCAACCACCCAGGGGACGCCAACCGUCGUAUUCAGUACUGCAAAUUACGAUGACAUUGUUCAACCACAUGUGCGGCAAUGGACCGUGCAACAGGUCAGUGAAUGGUUCACAAACAAAGGCCUUUCGCACCUGUUACGAAAACUUUGCGGGGAUAUUGAUGGCAUAGUUCUGUCUCAGUUGGCCUACAUGCGUCAUUGGGCUCCUGAAUACUUUGCCAAAAGCAUACGCUCAGAUUUGGGACUGGGUUUUGUCGAAGCUUUGCGGCUUGUGGAGGCUUUGCAAGAGCUCACGAAACGACGCUAA